AGGGGGAAAUUUGAUUAUUUUUUUAAUGAAGAAUUUUAUCCAAGCAUUGCUGUAAUCCACUACAGAUUUGCAAAGAGUGCUGCUCAGAUUUCACAGCUGAUGUUCAGUGCUAGUUGGUUCUGUGCAUUUCCCCUGUGGAUCUGAGUGUGUGCUGCUCUAAUCCCUGCUUUGGCUUGAUCACGACUGAGUUGUGAUUUUACCCACCUGUUGUGGUGGUUAAAUCUGUGCUGUCCCAUGGCAGCCGCCCCAGCAGAGAGCUCCAGGAGCCAUGGGAAGGGGCUGGAGCGGAGCCAGAGCCACAGCAGCUCUGCCUUGGACUAUUCAGGAGACACCUUUGAGUCCUUCAGCGUGGAGGAGGAGAGUGAAGCACCUGGAUCCUGGUGUUCCACAGAGGAUUUGGAGGGGGCAGCUGUGUCAGAGGCUUUGGAAAGCUCAGCAUCACUGGCAGGCCAAAGUGCUGCAGAGGAGGAGUUUGAAGCAGUGGAUCCUGCAGCUGUGGAAAGAGCUGCCAUAGGAAAAUGGAUUGAUGCCAUGGGAAAGUGGAUGGAUCUGAAAAAUAAAGACACUGGGAUUAGGCCAGACAAAUCUGCCAUCACAACUCCUGCUGGAGUUUCUGGGCUGUCCCAGGCCGAGCUGGGAGCCCUGGGCCGUUUCUGCAGCAGCAGGAUCAGCAGCAUGCAGCAGCAGCAGCAGCAGCAGCAGCAGGCAUGCAGGGACAGGCGGCUGCACUGCAGGGCCCCAGCAAGGCAGGCUGAGCCAGCACAGCCCUGUGCUGUUCCUGCCCAGCUGAUGAACAGGAUCCUGCUGGAAAACACCAGGGAGGCUCUGAAACAGGUGACAGAAGCUGAAAUCCAUGAGGUUUCAACCUGUCCUGGCUGCCAGCAGAAGGAAGCAGAGCUGGCCAAGGUUGCCUUUCUCAGGCAAAAAAAGACUUUGCUGGAAGGUGCUUUAAUCCAAGAGAAACUGGAAGAACAGUUUUACUCCAGGGACAUGCUCACACUUCUAGGAGAAGCACUCAGCAGCUUUCCCAAACCUUCAGAGGAUCCCAGGGAUUUGUGGCAAAGGCUGAAGGGGUGGAAAGACUGAAUGGAUCAUAACUCCAGUGGGUGAAGAACUGGGAGAGCCUCCUGUGGGCAGUCAGCUCCAGAAUUCCAAUGAUUUUGGAUCUGAGCUGCUGUGGCAGUGAUGGAUUGGCUGCUGCUUUAAUAUUCCUGCAGGUGGAACCAGAUCUGCCUGCCUGGGCUGUGAGUCAACCUCUCCUCCAUGCAAAUGUUGCAGGAUAUUGUAAUCCAUCUCCAUGGGUUUCUCAGAUUCCAGAAGCCAGCAGUUUCCAUUAUUAAUCUGGCAAGGCAGAAGAAUUGUUUUUUGGGGGAUUGCUGUGGGAUUGCAGAGCAGCUCCCAGCUGCCUCCAUCCAUAAGGAAAAUAAAUGAUUCUGUUUGCCAGGGCAGGGAGGUGUAAUUACUGCAUCUCAGCUCAGGCUUUGCCCACUGCCUCGUGGAAAAUUGAAAGUGAGAGCCCCAGGUGGAGGACAAAAAGCAAAGUUAACUAUAAAAAAGCAGUAAAAUGAAAUGAAGUAUUUAUAGAAGGGAAUUAAUGAGGUUGUAACAGAAAUUAAUCAGCAGGACUGGGGGUGCCAAUGGGAUGAGAAAUGAUAAUAAAUUAAUCAUGGAAUCUAUAUAGGAUAGAGAAAAACAAGCAACAGAUGAAAACUGGGAGAAGAAUUGCAAGAAAAUACUUUGGAAUUUGUUGUAGUUUCUCAAGACGAGGAAAUCACUGUUGUUCAAAGAUGAUCUGGGGUUCAGUACACAUCCAAAUAAAUGGAAUUAUGAUGGGAAUGUUUGGGUUAGACAGUGAAAUCAUCCUCACUGUGCCCUCCAAAGCCUGGUGCUGCUCUGUGGGCACCUCUGCAGCCCUUUGUGCCCAAAGCUGAGAGCAGGGGCUCAGCCAUGGCCUGACUCUCCUCAGCCUCCCAUUUCCUGACUUCUCUGCAUUCCCAUCUCUGGAAAUCCUAGAGGAAUAUCCCUAUCUCUGAGCCCACACUGUGUUUUUGUGCCAAAGCAGAGGGAAUUAAAUCCCCCUGUUGCAUUUCCUUCCCCCAUUUUGGGACCAGAGCCCUCACUGCUGCUCUAAGGGGGGUUUGUAUUUCAUGGAAUUGUUUCCCUCCUCUGCUCUGGAUUGUUUAUCAGAGUCCUUGAGGGCUGUGCAGCCUCUUGUUCUCCCUUCCCACAAACCAUGGAAAACCUGGAGGGAAAUGCUGGGAUAAAAACAAAGAAGGCAGCAAAGUUCUGCCUUCUGCUGCUUAAAAAUCUGCUCAGAGUGCUUUCCCUGGGAGUGGAUCCUGAGCAGGGGGAGCCCAGCCCAGCCCUGAGUUCCUCAGUGCUGCUUGUCCUUGCAAACACCUCAGUAGUCCAUAAAAUACUGCCCCAACAGCAUCCCCUUUGGAAUUGUCCCUGCAGGACACUUGGAUAAUGAAUAAACUCUGCUUGUUCCUU